AUGAAGUUCGUCAUUCUAUGCUUUCUAUGGACUCUCAGCAUCACAUCAUCUGAACAGAUUACCACUUAUGCACGCCCUAUAAAUCAUAUUGGUUAUUCCGUAACCGACAUUGAUGCUGUAUUGGGUUGGUAUCGUGAAGUGCUUGGCUUCACUGUAUUAGCCGCUCCAGUCGAUAUUAUUGUUGACAAUUCAACCGAUAUGGGAAUUCUUCUCUCGCAGAUGUAUCCACCUGAGAUGAAGCGUGUCAAAAUGGCUCACAUGACUGCAGGCAAUGGAGUCGGUCUUGAACUUUUUCAAUUUAUUGAUCCACCCACACAACGUCCGAAUAUAGCCAGUUUUGAAUAUACUCGUGCUGGCCUUUUUCACAUUUGUGUGACAGAUCCUGAACCUGAAAAUUUGGUUCGUAGGAUUGUAGCAACCGGUGGCAAGCAGCUUAGUCCUGUACUAACUGUAUUUCCUAGACAAAUCUAUCAGGCAGUCUACUCUCUCGAUCCAUUUGGAAAUCUUGUUGAGAUCAUGGCUACUUCCUACGAACGCCAGAUGAGUAAUCGAGAUCUAAAUGUAACGAGUCAAGGUGGUGGCAGUCUCACGUCAACAUCUCGUUCAUCGAAAUCACAACAAUUAGUUUCAAUCGGUUUUCACAUUUAUCUUUUGAUUUUUAUUUUCUUUUUAUGCGGUCCUAAAUAA